GCACGUGCCGCGAGUCUCUCAACCUGUUUUUGCUUCCUCAAAGAAAAAGUACGAGAAGCGCGGGUUUGAAAUUAAUAAUCUUACAAUUCGACAUUACUAAAGAAACAGCACUUUAGAAAACUAACAAAGACUUUCGAAUGAACUCGGACACACAAACGAAACAUGAACAGCCUCUGGAUGGGCAACCUGGAGCCCUACAUGGAUGAAGAUUUCAUCUGCAGAGCUUUUGCUCAAAUGGGAGAAACAGUUGUGAAAAUCAGACUGAUCAGAGACAAAAUAACAGGGAAAAAUGCAGGAUAUGGCUUUGUGGAGCUGGCAGAUGAUACAGCAGUGGAAAGAUGCCUCCGCAAAGUGAAUGGAAAACCUUUACCUGGUGCCACUCCUCCAAAGAGAUUCAAGCUGAGUCGUUCUAAUUAUGGGAAACAGGGUGAAAGCUCUACAUUCUCCCUCUUCGUGUCGGAUCUCACACCGGAUGUGGACGAUGGCAUGUUAUAUGAGUUCUUUCAUUAUCAUUUUUCGUCCUGCUGCAGUGGGAAGAUUGUUUUGGACGCCAAUGGACACUCAAAGUGCUGUGGCUUCGUGAGCUUUGAAAGUGAGAGGGAGCAAAAACGGGCUCUGGUUGAUCUCCAAGGGGCUACUGGACUCGGGAAGAAAGCUUUACGCCUCAGCUUGGCUUCAAGUAGAGUGAAUAAGAAGAAAGAGUCGUCUGAGAACCAAAUUUGGCAGUAUCAUUCAGACAGCAAGAACGCCUCAUUUAUAAACCAGUACUAUUACCCACAGAACCUCAGCUAUUUAUCUACAUAUGACUGGAACUACAGUUUGGACUACUUAAAUCCUUCCCAGAACACAACACCGGUAGAUGUGACUCAGUCUGAACAGACAGAAGAUGAUGACCUAGAGUAUCCAGACUCUGAGAUAAAUGUGACGGAGGCAAAUGAGACAUUUAUGGCCCAGAGCGAGGAACUGUACAGUGCUCUGAUUGGCUGUUUCUUCCAGCCUCCUGAAUCAUGGGACGGGGUCACAUGUAGUGCCUCAAGCUACCUUCCAGAGCCAAUUAAUCAAUAUGAGAUGGAGGACUCCUGUUCAUCUAACUGGGUGACAACUUAAUUAAAA